AUGAAUAUUUCUGUUUUACACAGCGAGUCAACACAAGAAGCACUCGACAAUAUCAGUAAAAGUUUUGAUGUUCCUAUUAUUAAUUGUGAAGAUGUUGUUUCAAUAAAUUCAACUGGUAUUGUGGACUCUGGAACUUUAUCGAAAACGACUGCUAUUACAAAUUUUAUUCCAACUCCUCGAACAAUUCAAAAUGAAAAUUCAAUUAAUGUUGAUUAUAGCCAGGCUACCGAGAACGAAUCUCAGAAUACCAACGAUUCGACCAAAGAAGAAAUAAAAUUCACUGUGUUUAAGAUCGAACAAUUGGAAAAAAUGAAACACAUUAAAGAGCUCCUCAAACCAGAGAAUAAAUACUCCGCCGAGUACAUCGCACAAGAAACAAACAAAGAAGUUCAAAGAAGACUUGGUAAAAAUGUUGACAGUUAUUCAACAACAAAUGAUGCUGGAAAUAAAAGAGGCAGCUUUAUAACGAUGAUGGCUGCAUUGAUGAUGGGAGCGUGUGGGUUGACAAAUAAUCAAAUUGAUGCCAUGUCAAAAUUGAUAUCCAUAAUUUUGCUCAUGUCCAAUGUUCCUAAAAAAGUCGUUAACACCGCUCUCAGUUCUUCAACUAUGCAACGGAGAUUUGAGUUGAUUUCGAAAAAAUCCAGAUAUGACCUACAACUCAUCUUUAAGCAGUGUGACUAUUAUACACCAGUGGCGGAUUAA